AUGUCUUCAGACGCUGAAAUGGCAGCAUUUGGAGAAGCUGCCCCUUUUCUUCGAAAGUCAGAAAAGGAAAGAAUUGAGGCCCAAAAUAAGCCCUUUGAUGCCAAGAAUUCAGUUUUUGUGGUGGAUCCCAAGAUCGCUUACGUGAAAGGCACUGUCCAGAGUAGGGAAGGAGGGCAAGUUACUGUCAAGACUGAAAAUGAAGAAACUGUAACUGUGAAAGAUGACCAAGUCUUUUCCAGGAAUCCUCCCAAAUAUGACAAAAUUGAGGACAUGGCUAUGAUGACUCAUCUCCAUGAACCUGCUGUCCUGUAUAAUCUCAAAGAGCGUUAUGCAGCCUGGAUGAUCUAUACUUACUCAGGUCUCUUCUGUGUCACUGUUAAUCCCUACAAGUGGCUUCCAGUGUAUAAUCCAGAAGUGGUAACUGCCUACAGAGGCAAAAAGCGUCAAGAGGCCCCUCCUCACAUCUUCUCCAUCUCUGAUAAUGCAUAUCAGUCCAUGUUAACUGAUCGUGAGAAUCAGUCUGUCCUGAUCACUGGAGAAUCUGGUGCUGGAAAGACUGUGAACACAAAACGUGUAAUUCAGUACUUUGCAACAGUUGCAGCUGCUACUGACAAGAAAAAGGAAGAACCAGCCCAACAAGGCAAAAUGCAGGGCACCCUUGAAGAUCAAAUCAUCAGUGCCAACCCCUUACUGGAGGCUUUUGGAAAUGCUAAAACUGUCAGGAAUGACAAUUCGUCACGUUUUGGCAAAUUUAUUAGAAUCCAUUUUGGUGCCACAGGCAAGCUGGCUUCUGCUGACAUUGAGACAUAUCUGCUGGAGAAGUCCAGAGUUACCUUCCAGCUCAAGGCUGAAAGGAGCUACCACAUCUUUUAUCAGAUCAUGUCCAACCAGAAGCCAGAACUGAUUGAGAUGCUCCUGAUCUCCACAAACCCAUAUGACUUUCAGUUUGUAAGCCAAGGAGAAAUCACAGUUGCCAGCAUAAAUGAUCAAGAAGAGCUGAUGGCUACAGAUAGUGCCAUUGACAUCCUGGGCUUCAACGCUGAUGAAAAGACAGCCAUUUACAAGCUGACGGGAGCCGUCAUGCACUACGGGAACAUGAAGUUCAAGCAGAAGCAGAGAGAGGAACAGGCUGAGCCAGACGGCACGGAAGUUGCGGACAAGGCUGCCUAUCUCAUGAAUCUCAACUCAGCAGAUUUGCUGAAAGCUCUGUGCUACCCCCGAGUCAAAGUUGGCAAUGAAUUUGUCACCAAAGGUCAAACUGUUCAGCAGGUGUACAAUAGUGUUGGUGCUUUGGCUAAGUCUGUUUUUGAGAAGAUGUUUCUAUGGAUGGUUAUUCGUAUCAACCAGCAGUUGGACACCAAACAAUCUAGACAGCACUUCAUAGGAGUGUUGGACAUUGCUGGAUUCGAGAUCUUUGAUUUCAACAGCUUGGAGCAGCUCUGCAUCAACUUCACCAAUGAGAAACUGCAACAGUUUUUCAACCACCACAUGUUUGUCCUGGAGCAAGAAGAGUAUAAGAAAGAAGGAAUUGACUGGGAGUUCAUUGACUUUGGGAUGGACUUGGCUGCCUGCAUUGAACUCAUUGAGAAGCCCAUGGGCAUUUUCUCCAUCCUAGAAGAAGAGUGCAUGUUCCCUAAGGCGACAGACACCUCUUUCAAGAACAAGCUCUAUGAUCAACACCUUGGUAAAUGCAAGAACUUUGAAAAGCCUAAGCCUGGGAAAGGUAAAGCAGAAGCUCAUUUCUCCCUUGUGCACUAUGCUGGCACUGUGGACUACAAUAUUAGCGGCUGGCUGGAAAAGAACAAGGACCCAUUGAAUGAAAGUGUCAUUCAGCUGUACCAGAAAUCAUCCAUGAAGACCUUGGCAUUACUCUUCGCUGAUCGCCCUGCAGAUGUUGGUAAGAACUUACCCAAGAGUGGCAAGAAAGGUGGAAAGAAGAAGGGGUCUUCAUUCCAGACUGUAUCUGCUCUGUUUAGGGAGAAUUUAAACAAGCUGAUGAGCAAUCUGAGGAGCACUCACCCUCACUUUGUGCGGUGCCUCAUCCCCAAUGAAACUAAAACCCCUGGUUCCAUGGAACAUGAGCUUGUCUUGCACCAACUGAGAUGUAAUGGUGUGUUGGAAGGCAUCCGAAUUUGCAGAAAGGGAUUCCCUAGCAGGAUCAUUUAUGGUGACUUCAAACAGAGAUAUAGAAUAUUAAAUGCAAGUGCUAUCCCAGAGGGACAAUUCAUGGACAGCAAGAAGGCUUCUGAGAAACUUCUUGGAUCUAUUGAUGUGGACCAUACACAAUAUAGGUUUGGUCAUACCAAGGUGUUCUUCAAAGCUGGCCUUCUUGGUCUUCUAGAAGAAAUGAGAGAUGAUAAGUUGGCUAUGCUUAUUACACGUACCCAAGCUAUGUGCCGUGGCUUUCUGAUGAGAUCAGAGUUCAAGAAAAUGAUGGAAAGGAGAGAAUCCAUCUUCACUAUUCAGUACAAUGUUCGUUCGUUCAUGAACGUGAAACACUGGCCUUGGAUGAAAUUGUACUUCAAGAUCAAGCCCCUGCUGAAGAGCGCAGAGUCAGAGAAGGAAAUGGCCAACAUGAAGGAAGAGUUUGAGAAAACAAAGGAGGAUCUUGCAAAAUCAGAAGCCAAGCGGAAGGAAUUGGAAGAAAAAAUGGUGACGCUCAUACAGGAAAAAAAUGACUUGCAGCUCCAAGUUCAAUCUGAAGCUGAUGGCUUGGCAGAUGCUGAGGAGAGAUGUGACCAGCUAAUCAAAACCAAAAUCCAACUGGAAGCUAAAAUUAAGGAGCUCACUGAGCGAGCUGAAGAUGAAGAAGAAAUGAAUGCUGAAUUGACAGCCAAGAAGAGGAAACUGGAGGACGAAUGCUCAGAACUGAAGAAAGACAUAGAUGAUCUUGAGCUGACACUGGCCAAGGUUGAAAAGGAGAAGCAUGCUACAGAAAACAAGGUGAAAAACCUUACUGAAGAGAUGGCGGUCUUGGAUGAGACCAUUGCCAAACUGACCAAGGAGAAGAAAGCCCUGCAAGAGGCCCAUCAACAGACCUUGGAUGAUCUGCAGGCAGAGGAAGAUAAAGUGAACACACUGACCAAAGCAAAGACCAAGCUGGAACAGCAAGUGGAUGAUCUUGAAGGGUCUCUGGAACAAGAAAAGAAACUUCGCAUGGACCUUGAAAGAGCUAAGAGGAAGCUAGAAGGGGAUUUAAAGCUAGCUCAGGAAACUACAAUGGAUUUGGAAAAUGAUAAGCAGCAGCUGGAUGAAAAGCUGAAGAAGAAAGACUUUGAAAUCAGUCAACUCCAAAGCAAGAUUGAAGAUGAACAGGCCCUGGGUUCCCAGCUUCAGAAGAAGAUCAAGGAGUUGCAGGCUCGUAUUGAGGAAUUGGAAGAGGAGAUUGAGGCAGAACGGGCAUCUCGCGCCAAAGCAGAGAAACAGAGGGCUGAUCUCUCCAGGGAACUUGAAGAGAUCAGUGAGCGCCUGGAGGAAGCUGGUGGAGCAACUGCAGCUCAGAUUGAGAUGAACAAGAAACGUGAGGCAGAAUUUCAGAAAAUGCGUAGGGACCUUGAAGAGGCCACCUUGCAGCAUGAAGCCACCGGUGCUGCCCUCCGCAAAAAGCAUGCAGAUAGUGCAGCUGAAUAUGCAGAGCAAAUUGAUAACUUACAGCGAGUGAAGCAGAAACUGGAGAAGGAGAAGAGUGAACUGAAGCUGGAGAUCGAUGAUCUUGCAAGCAAUAUGGAAUCUGUUUCUAAAGCUAAGUCAACUCUUGAGAAAUUAUCCCGAUCCUUGGAAGAUCAACUGAGUGAGAUUAAAGCAAAGGCGGAAGAGCAGCAGCGUACAAUUAAUGACCUUUCUGCCCAGAAAGCUCGCUUGCAGACAGAAGCAGGUGAACUUUCCCGCCAAGUGGAAGAAAAAGACUCUCUGAUUUCCCAAUUCUCAAGAGGCAAACAAGGCUUCACCCAGCAGAUUGAAGAAUUGAAGAGGCAACUUGAAGAGGAAAUAAAGGCUAAAAAUGCACUGGCUCAUGGCUUGCAGUCAGCUCGUCAUGAUUGUGAUUUACUCCGGGAACAAUUUGAGGAAGAGCAGGAAGCCAAAGCUGAGCUACAGCGUGCCAUGUCCAAAGCCAACAGCGAGGUCGCCCAAUGGAGAACCAAAUACGAGACUGAUGCAAUUCAGCGCACUGAAGAGUUAGAGGAGGCCAAGAAAAAGCUUGCUCAGCGUCUGCAGGAAGCUGAGGAACAUGUAGAAGCUGUGAAUUCCAAAUGUGCUUCCCUGGAAAAGACCAAGCAGAGGUUGCAGAAUGAAGUGGAGGACCUGAUGAUUGACGUGGAAAGGUCCAAUGCAGCUUGUGCAGCUCUGGAUAAGAAGCAGAAGAACUUUGACAAGAUUCUGGCAGACUGGAAACAGAAAUUUGAGGAAGCUCAAUCUGAACUGGAAGCUUCCCAGAAGGAGUCUCGGUCUCUGAGCACAGAGCUCUUCAAGAUGAAGAACUCAUAUGAAGAAUCCUUGGAUCACCUGGAAACUCUGAAGCGUGAAAACAAGAACCUUCAGCAGGAGAUAUCUGACCUAACGGAACAGAUUGCUGAGGGAGGAAAAGCCAUUCACGAACUGGAAAAAGUGAAGAAACAGAUUGAACAGGAGAAAUGUGAACUCCAGGCCUCCCUAGAGGAGGCUGAGGCUUCUCUGGAACAUGAAGAAGGUAAACUCCUGCGUGUCCAAAUGGAGCUCAACCAGGUGAAAUCUGACAUCGACAGAAGAAUUGCAGAGAAAGAUGAAGAAAUUGAUCAAAUGAAGAGAAAUCACGUGAGGGUGGUAGAGUCCAUGCAGAGCACAUUGGAUGCUGAGAUUAGGAGCAGAAAUGAUGCCCUGCGUCUUAAGAAGAAGAUGGAGGGAGAUCUGAAUGAGAUGGAGAUCCAACUGAGCCAUGCCAACCGUCAAGGUGCUGAAGCACUAAAGAAUCUCAGGAACACACAAGGACUACUCAAGGACACACAACUGCAUUUGGAUGAUUCUUUGAGAGGCCAAGAAGAUUUGAAGGAACAAGUAUCCAUGGUUGAGCGCAGAGCAAACUUGAUGCAGGCUGAGAUUGAGGAGCUUCGGGCAGCUCUGGAACAGACAGAGCGGGCCAGAAAAGUGGCUGAACAGGAACUUCUGGAUGCCAGUGAGCGUGUGCAACUCCUCCACACACAAAACACCAGCCUGAUCAACACCAAGAAGAAACUGGAAACAGAUAUUACCCAAAUCCAGGGUGAAAUGGAGGACACUAUUCAGGAAGCUCGCAAUGCUGAAGAGAAAGCCAAAAAAUCCAUUACUGAUGCAGCCAUGAUGGCAGAAGAACUUAAGAAAGAACAAGACACUAGCGCCCAUCUAGAGAGAAUGAAGAAGAAUCUAGAACAGACUGUAAAAGAUCUACAGCACCGUCUUGAUGAAGCAGAACAACUGGCAAUGCGGGGAGGCAAGAAGCAGCUUCAGAAAUUAGAGCAAAGAGUACGUGAACUUGAAGCUGAAGUUGAGAAUGAGCAGAAGCGUGGUGUUGAGGCAAUUAAGGGUGUACGCAAAUAUGAGAGACGAGUGAAGGAACUAACUUACCAGUCUGAGGAAGACCGGAAGAAUAUUCUGAGGCUUCAGGAUCUGGUGGACAAGCUGCAAAUGAAAGUGAAAGCAUAUAAGAGACAAUAUGAAGAAGCUGAGGAACAAUCCAAUCUUAACCUCAGCAAAUUCCGCAAAAUUCAGCAUGAGCUGGAAGAAGCUGAAGAAAGGGCUGAUAUUGCUGAAUCACAAGUGAACAAACUGAGAGUGAAGUCUCGAGAAGUUGGAAAACAGACAUCAGGGGAAGAAUAAACUUGUCUGCUUCAAGGUGACUGAAGAAAUG